GGCAGUGGUAGGGCCUCCCCUGUAGGGCGGUCGGAACUGCGCCAGGAGAGUGUUGUGAAGACCGGGAGUGGCUUGUGUACACCGGUAAAGGGAAAUGGCCAUGCAAAUGGCUCUGAAUGGCAAGGGACGGGAAUGUAAAUUCCUUACAUUCUACCUGUAACACAGAGACAUCCCACCCUAGUCUCGGAGCAUCCAAAUUCCUGCAGAUGCCAUCAAUUAAACUCCAGAGCUCUGAUGGAGAAAUAUUUGAAGUUGAUGUGGAGAUAGCAAAGCAGUCUGUGACAAUCAAGACCAUGUUGGAGGAUUUGGGAAUGGAUGAUGAAGGUGAUGAUGAUCCUGUUCCACUUCCAAAUGUCAAUGCUGCAAUUCUCAAAAAGGUGAUUCAGUGGUGCACUCACCAUAAGGAUGAUCCUCCUCCUCCUGAAGAUGAUGAGAACAAAGAAAAGAGAACAGAUGAUAUUCCAGUAUGGGAUCAGGAGUUCCUCAAAGUAGAUCAGGGAACACUAUUUGAGCUAAUUCUGGCUGCAAAUUAUUUGGAUAUUAAAGGUCUGCUUGAUGUGACGUGCAAAACAGUAGCAAAUAUGAUCAAAGGUAAAACUCCAGAAGAAAUUCGUAAGACUUUCAACAUCAAAAAUGACUUUACUGAGGAAGAAGAAGCCCAGGUUCGUAAAGAGAAUCAGUGGUGUGAAGAAAAAUAAAGGUCCCUGUCCUCGAUAAUUCUCUAACCCGCUGAAAGAAUUUUCCAGUUGCUGUUGCACUGCACUGUUUUGUAAAUGUUUAAUAUUUGGAAAAUUCGACAAAAGGAAAAAAAAGCAUUUAAUUGCAUGAUGUUUCCUUACUUGUUCAGAGCAGUAUGUUCUAAGCUCUAUUGUUAUUACACUAGGAUUGGAAGUGACAUCCAGCUUUACACCACAUGAUUCAUUGUAGGAGUUUGACUUCAAGAGGAUUAGAAUGUCUCUGUGUCAUUAAAUCUAAAUAGUGUGGUCUAGACAAAAAUCCUUUAAUACAGUUGGCAUAUCUGAUUUUCAUGUAAUCUAGUCUAGAAGACAGCAGGAUAUGCAUUAAGGGGGUUUUGUUCAGUGAUUGACAGCAAAUUCACCCCUGUUUUAAGCAAUUGAACUAUCAUUUGCUUCUUUACCAAUAAUUGCACAAUAAUUUGAAGAGAUUUGCAGCAUGAAGGGUACGGCCAGAUUAUCCACGGUAAUUUUAAAAAUUGAUUGAGACAAUUCUCCUUUCUGUGUGGGUUCAAGUACAGAGCACAUUCUUUACACUGUAACCAGAAUUGUGACUUGCUUCUAUAUCCAAGAAUUACUGUGGACCCGUUUUCCCAUUUAGUAUUUGUAUUCUGAUUUUUGAAUAUUUUAGAAGUACAGUUCUCUUCUGAUUAAAGUAAGUUUCACUUUCUUGCACCGGCUGCCCUCCUCUGCUUCACUUUUUUGCUGAAAAGUACCUGAUAAUCAGAAAGUAGUGUAAGUUUCAUUGAACAGCAGUGCUACUGAAAGACUCCCUAAUAGAGUUAUGGGAGCUCCAACCUUUACAGGCCAUUUACUUGUUUAGAUUUGUUAUUUACUUACUUGUUCUGUACAGUGUACUUGACUGCAAUUACAAAUUAAAAUACUCCAAUUUCUCUGCUUGUGAUUUGUUGUCUGUUGAUCAAUAAAAUGUAUCUAUAAAUUGCA